UGCCUCGCUCCUCCCGCCCGCCGCACACCGCAUCUGGUGGUAGAAAAUCCUCUUCACCCCCUAUACACACACCCACGACGCUCGCUAUAACGUCGCCACCCGCCCUCACGGGCACACACAGCCAUGGACGGCGCUCCUCCUCCGCCGCCGCCUCCGCAUGGCGCCAAUCCAAAGACAACUGGAGGUAGCCAUGCUCCCGGAGGCAGCACUGGCUUGCCCCCGGGAAACUACGACAUAUUCAUCAUACCGCCGCACUCGGCCGGUGGCGGCUUCGUCUAUUUGCCCAGCAUGCAGGUCCAGCGGAACAGCUUCAUGGCGGGCGUGGCCAGCACCAUAGCUGGUAUUGCUAUAUGGAAGAUCAUAGAGCCGCAAGUCAAGCAGUACUUCCUGCUGGUCAGCCAGGGCGUAUCAUCAGGUGGCAAUGGCGUCAUACUACUAGUGGUGUUGGUGGGACUAGCUGGCUGGGUGUUCGGUCAGACAACAGCUGGGGGGUUGUUCAGUGGGAGUGGGCCAGGUCGUGGACCAGGUGGAGCUGGAGCUAGUGCUGGGGCAGGCCCAGGCACCCCGGGGGCAGGCCCAAGCUACCAACGUGCACCUCCACCACCACCCAACGGCGGCUUCCCUGGUGCUGGCGGACCUCCACCUCAAGGGGGAUGGGGUGGAUACCAGCAGUACGGUGCCUCGUCUCCGCCUCCACAAGACAAUGAGUCGACGUGGGACGAGGAGGAGGAACGAGCAGAAGAGGAGCGGAAACAGGCCGAGGAGAAGAAGCGGCAAGACGAAGAGAAGAAGAGACAAGCCGAGGAGAAGAGACAAGCAGAGGAAGAACGGAAGCGCGCAGAGGAACGAAAAAGGGUAGAAGAGCGGAAACGAGUCGAAGAAGAGAAGAGACGAAAAGACGAAGAGGAGAAGCGAAUGAGAGACGAAGAGGAAAAGCGAAUGAGAGACGAAGAGGAGAAGCGAAAGAGAGAUGAGGAGGAGAAGAAACGGAAAGACGAAGAGGAGAGGAAGAGGAAAGACGAAGAAGACCGCAAGCGAGCAUGGGAGGAGCUCAAACGCGCAGAGGAGGCGAGGCAGAAGCGGGAAGCGGAAGCCAAAGCUCAAGAGGAGGCAGCCAAGCAAGCUCGCGCCCAGGCAGAAAAGGAGAAGUGGGAGAAGAUGCGCCACCGAGAACGAGAGCAGCGCGAGCGCGAGGCCAGAGAACGCAUCGCAAAAGAACGUGCCAAGAAGCAACAGGAAAUCCGAGAGAAGGAGGAAGCCGAACGCCUGGCCCGAGAGGCCGAAGCACGCGCGCAGAUCGAGAAAGAGAUUCGCGAGAAACUCGAAGCCGAGCAAAAGGCCAAAGCCGCAGAAGAAGCAGUACGAAGGGCGGCAGAAGUCAAGGCUGCCGCCGAAGCCGCCGCCGCAAAGGCAAAGGCAGAGGCAGAGGCUGCCGCAGCAAAGGCAAAGGUUGAUGCUGAACGCGCCGAGCGCCUCAAAGCAGCCCGCGAGCGAGCCCAGAAAGACCGCGAAGCCCGUCUCAAGGUCGAAGCCGAGAAGAUCAAAGCAGAGGCUGCAGCCGCAGUCCCGGACCUCACAGCAGGUAGACGGUCAACAACAUACGGUGGCCUCGGCGGCGGUGAGAAACUCGAUCCGUAUGCUGGAGCGAGAAGCCCCCCGGCGCCCUCUGUGACGUCGACCCGUUCGAUUCCCAUCAAGGCAACAGUCUCGCCGAAGAAGCCCUACGAGAGGCCGUCGGCGAAGUCGUAUAUGGGCACCGACGACACGCAUUCUUUCCGUCCAUACGACACCCCGCAAGCGCGCUCCACCGCACGCUCGCAAGUCUCUUCCCAGUACUCUGAGUCGUCAUACGCCCCUUCACAGUCCACCACCCACACAACGCCACCGCCAUCACAGCGCGGUCCGUACUCGACAACUGACCCGAACAAGAUCGUCAUCAAGGCCGUGUAUCUCUUCAACGACCUGUUCCCGAAGCCAGUGGCGCAGUUGGUGUCGAAUGUAGGCAAGGUGACGGAUGGCUUGAUCCUGAAAAUCCAGUCCGAGGGCUUGUUUAUCGAUGACGAUGUGAGGAGUAUUCCACAGCGCGAGUGGGACGUGAAGGCUUGGACGUUGAAGUUGGUCGAGACCGGCCAACAGCCCUCCAAACACCUCUAUAUCUUCCGCGCCUCGAUCCGCGACGCCGACGGCAAGAAAUACGUCUUCCUCAUCGACGAAAGCGAGAGCUGGAAAGUCGCCAUCGGACUGCAACGACUGCGCAAGGGCAGCCAAGUGCGUAGUAUGCAGAACAGCCAGAUGGCCCCGAACGAAGUGGCCAGAGUACUCAAUUCCGUACCGCCUAUUCAAUAAACAAUAUAAAAGAGGACAAUACAGAUGCACACGUAGGAAGAGAAGAAGAGAGGUGGAAGGAACAAAGAGUCCUGAUCGUUGUUGGUGU